CUAUCCGUAUACUAACUCAAUCAUCAACAUUGAGGGACAGCAUGAAUGAGGUACUGUUUCUCUUGUUCCUCCUCUGUGCAGUGAGAGCUACUGCUCCCGAGGAGUGUAGCCAUUGGAACACGACUACUCAUUCCCCUCUGGACUGUAUCACUUCAUCCCGCGUAGAAUCAGAAUUCAUAAUCACUUUCAAAGGCUAUUACAAGGAAGAGGCCAGGGAGGGUUUCAUAUCUGCAGCCCUCAGGACCAACUCCUGUUCCUCCUCGUGGCAUACAAUCCUUCGCUCUAAUCCCAGUCAACAUUUCCCUUCAGAUUUCUCUGUCAUUCAUUUAUCUGAAGAGGGCAACGUGACACAAUGCCUCUCCUCCCUCUCUCGUCAUCCUCUUGUAAAACUAGUCACACCUCAUAGGAAGUUCUCGCGGUCUCUCUCGUGUGCCGAGGGGAAGGGGGAGGGGCUUAGAGGAGGCGUGAGAAGACGUGGUGUGCUAGGAGAGAGUGUGAGAGAUGACCAGAAGUGGCUGGUCGGGCGGAGACUCUUGAGAGCAAUACCUCGUCAAAUCACGUCCGCACUACAUGCUAAUGUACUAUGGACAUUGGGACACACAGGGAAAAACAUAAAAGUUGCCGUGUUUGAUACCGGAUUGGCCGGUAACCAUCCUCACUUCCGUCACAUCAGUGACCGGACUGACUGGACAGACGAGAAGACAAUGGAGGAUCAUCUUGGACACGGUACAUUUGUCGCUGGUGUCAUAGCCAGCUCUUCAGAGUGUCUGGGGUUUGCGCCUGACUCUGAACUGUUCAUAUUCCGUGUAUUUACAAAUAACCAGGUAUCCUAUACCAGCUGGUUUCUUGAUGCAUUUAACUAUGCUAUACUCAAGCGUAUUGAUGUCCUUAACCUCAGCAUUGGUGGGCCUGACUUCCUUGAUCAACCUUUCAUUGAGAAAGUAUGGGAAUUAACUAGUAAUGGUGUCAUAAUGAUAUCUGCUAUUGGAAAUGACGGGCCAUUGUACGGUACUCUUAACAAUCCAGCUGAUAUGAUGGAUGUGAUUGGCGUCGGUGGGAUUGACUAUGAAGAUCGUCUUGCUCCUUUCUCUUCCCGUGGCAUGACAACAUGGGAGCUGCCUCAAGGCUACGGUCGUGUGAAACCGGACAUCAUCACCUACAGCAGCGGUGUCCGUGGUUCGGCCCUUCACUCCGGCUGCCGGUCACUCAGCGGAACCAGUGUUGCUUCACCGGUUGUCACAGGUGCUGUUGCUCUUCUAGCGAGUGCUGUGGAUAAAUCAAAGGUCAACCCAGCGAGUAUGAAGCAGUCCCUAAUGGCCACGGCUCAGCGGAUACCAGGAGCUAAUAUGUUUGAGCAAGGGAUGGGGAAGCUUGAUUUAGUGAGGGCGUAUCACGAGUUGAGUCAGUAUACUCCUCGUGUUUCGCUCGUCCCUUCGUACGUUGAUCUCUCGGAGUGUCCAUAUUUCUGGCCGUAUUGCACCCAGCCUCUUUAUUAUGGUGGGAUGCCUAUUGUCAUUAAUGUGACUAUACUCAAUGGUAUGGGAGUCACUGGAUACAUUUUAAACAAGCCAAUAUGGCAGCCUUACAUCAGUGCCAAUGGGAAACUCAUUGAAGUCUCUCUCUCUUACUCUCAGAUCAUAUGGCCUUGGUCUGGUUGGCUCGCCAUUAGUGUAAGUAUUUCUGAAUUAGGCGCUAAAUUCACCGGAGAAGCAGCUGGUCAGAUAACACUCACUAUAUCUACACCAACAAAUUCACUAUCUAAAGAGUCUCAUAUAUCAACGGUUCAUCUUCCCAUUAGAGUCCCAAUAAUACCCACUCCUCCUCGCCAGUUGAGACUCCUUUGGGACCAGUUCCACAACCUGAGGUAUCCCCCCGGGUACUUCCCACGGGAUAAUCUCCACAUGAAGUCCGACCCUCUUGAUUGGAACGCUGACCACAUUCACACUAACUUUAAAGACAUGUACACCUACUUGAGGUCUCAGGGAUACUUCAUUGAAAUUAUUGGUUCUCCGCUGACUUGUUUUGAUGCAACUAAAUACAGUAUAUUGCUCAUUGUUGAUAAUGAAGAGGAGUUCUUUCCAGCUGAAAUAAAGAAACUAGCCAAAGAUGUUUUAGAUCACGGACUGUCCAUUCUUGUAUUUGCUGAUUGGUAUAACGUGGAUGUGAUGCAAAAGUUAAAGUUUUACGAUGAGAACACUAGGCAAUGGUGGAUGCCUGAUACAGGUGGAGCAAAUAUCCCAGCAUUGAAUAACUUGCUAUCAACAUGGGGAAUAGCAUUAAGCGAUCAAGUGAUGGAGGGUGAUUUUGAAUUGACUGAUUCUACUUCUCUUCUCUCUUACACUGUCACUUAUGGUAGUGGGACAACAAUAGCUUCCUUCCCCAUUAAUAACAGCUACCUUUACUUUGCUGAUCUGAAAGAUCAAAAGAUUGAAGUUGUAACUGGGGCUAGUUCCCAUCACAGGUCUGUCCCAAUACUAGGCAUUCAUCAGACUCUUAAUGUCACUGCUAGUAAACCAGCACUCGUGAACGGUCAGGUACCAACUGAUCCUAUAGCAUCAGGUCGUGUCGCUGUCUAUGGUGACUCAAACUGUAUCGAUUCUGCUCACCUCCAAUCUGAUUGUUUUAAGUUGUUGGAUGAGUUAAUAUCAUAUUGUGUUAGUUCAGUUGUUCCCACAUUCAUGGCACCAGCUGUUCAAUUAGCUCCUCCCUCCCACCUCCCUGAGCGAAUGGAAGGUAACCGGUUGCACCAGUUCUCAAAGGUUCUUGAUUCUUCUGAUCCUCAUGAGUACCACCCCCUACCCUCCUGCCCCCACUGGGUUUGGGCUAUGCCACGCCCACUUAAUGCAAGCUCUGAUUUCAUCAAACAAAUGCUUGAUAGCAAAGCAAGUGAUGCUGGGAGGGGUCUACUAACAUUAGGCCACACCCCCGACGAACAUGAUGACAUGAUUAUCGUCAACCCGUGGUACAUACCUUGGUUCCUACUGGUACCUCUUCUUCUCGGCUACUGGUUCUGUUGUAGGAAGAGAACUAGGAGCAGACGCUCUGUUUUUCUAUCAAAAUUACCUGUUGUAUAGUAGUAGACAUUGAUUUUUUAUGUUUCUCAUCUUGACGACCAUUAUCUUGGCAAGAUGGUCGGCGAGGCUCGAUCUCAAUUGCCAUUUCAGUUCUCAAAUAAAUUAUUAUUUUAAAUUA